AACACCCACAACCGGCUGCGCUAAAAAAUAAUAAUGAUCUAUGAUAGGCCGUUCAGUAUUCGCAGAUCGUCCGAGCAGGCCAAGUCGAUAACAUUCGAACCGCGCCGCGCCCAAAUAUAACAACAAUAAAAAUUAUAAUUUUUUUAAUAAUAAUUAAUGUGUCGAAGUGUAAGUCGUACUUGUCGCAGUCUCUGUUGCAGCCCCUAAUUCUGUUGCAGUCGUUGCGAUCGUAACCUACAAAAAGAUGCGGUCGACAGCGAUCGUCGUGAUGGCAGCUCUCCUGUUGUUUUCAGGCGAAGCCGUGGCCGGCGGCGUGGCCAAGCGGUGGACGCCCGACGUGGACUUCGAAGCGCCGCGCAACUGGGACGCGGGACACGUCCCGUCGUCCGUGGACGUGGCCGUGUUCCAGGAGGACACAUUGGUCCCGGUGGUGGUGCCGGCCGCCGGUGUGGACGUGUGCGAGAUCGUGUUGCCCGUCAACGGUCAGCUGAUCUUGGAGCCCAACGCCCGCUUGGGCAUCUCCGCGUCGUCCCAAGCGAUGGGCGGUUGUACGGGACAGACUGUGAUGUUUAAACAAAACGCUCCGAUGGAAUGGGUGGAUCCGGACAACUGGUCGAGUGAAAAUAUUAACAUAGCAACGCCACACGUGGAACGGAUACCUUGCGUACACGAUACCGUCGUGUUUAACCCUGGUCAUUCAUUUUCGGUCAUCGUGCCCGACGUUCCAAUCACCAUUGGAUCAAUGAAGUACGGGAACCAAACGUUCGGUCUAAAUGAAUUGAACGAAUUUCUUUUGUCGGACGUCGGCGACCAAGAACUAAAGAGUUCUUCCACCGACAACGAUGUGUCCAUUACAUUGACGUCGACGCUCUGCGAAGAUAGUACAGGAUGUGAAUGCGGUACUCAACAACUUUUUGACCAAGUAUGCAAAGUGGCUUCAAAGCGCUGUUAUAGUAAAUUAGGCUGCAUAAGUCCAGUGAAACCAAUCGGCCAUUGUUGUUGGACUUGUGGAGCUUAUUUUUUAAUUAAUUACAACCCAAAUAGUUUUAUUGAAGAAAAAUUCAGUGAAGAAUUUAAAAAAGACAUAGUAAAAUUAAACUCAACAUUUGAAAAAUAUCAACUUUCUUAUUAUAUGAGUAAACUGUUGAACGGAAAAAUCCAAGUUGUAUUGGCGAGUGAUGCAAAAUAUGUGGAUGAAAUAAGUGAAAUAGCUAACACUAUACACUCGUUGCUGAAUUCUUAUCGGGGCGUGACGAAUGUGAACAUGUUCAACUCGGGGCUGUCGUAUGACGCUGACGGGAUGACAUACGGUCAAAUAGCCCUAACCACAUGUAUCGUCAUAUUUUCCUGCAUGUUGGCAAUUAUGGUUUACUACAACAAAGACUGGAAAUCGCUAUUGUCAGGUUCCGGGUCUAGUACUGGUGCUGUAUUCGUAAAAUUCAAAAACGAUACUAACGAUGCAGUGGAACUAAUCGAUGAAGACGUCCGAUUGCAACGUAAGACUUCGUUCGACAACCCCACUUAUGGAGCAGUGGAGAGUAUGAAAAAAUCACAGACGUUUAGAAAAAUCCAUUCGUAUUCAGAUCUAUCUGUUUCGACGACACAGAGUGAAGCCAUGGAUGUAGAACUGAAAGAAACUUUCGAACAAAAGUAAUAAUAUUAUGAAUUCAUAAAAUACUUAUGUGUACGUUUAUUAAUUGGCUUAUAAUAUAUAACUGUAUAAGUGUAACAAAUAAUAAUAAUAUUUUAUUCUUUAACAUUACUCAUAAUUGAAUCCAUCCGAAUCGAAUAUGAAUCAGACUUGUGCUAUGUUUUGAGUGUAUCAUUUUCGCUGUACAUGAUUAUUCAAAUAAAACUUUUACCUAUUCAAAUCGUGUAAAA